CCUUCGUUAGUAAGAAUAUCUCUCCCUCGCUCUGUUUUAUGCUUCUUCUUCGCUCUGUCUCUCUGGUGGUUUCUUUCUCUCAUCUGAUCCCAUCAAUUAUCAGACCGCCUAGGGUUUCCAAGCAUUAAUCAUGGAAUCUCAUGAAGAAGAGAUGAAUAUAUACUUGAAGGUCAUUAAAACAAUUGCCUUGAAGGUGAAGACAUCGGAGACAAUUAAAAAUCUAAAAUCUAUCUUACAUGAGAAGGAAGGCAUUUCAGAAAAUUUGCAGGAGCUCUUUUUCACUGGUAAGCAACUCAAGGAUGACCAGAAGCUGGUUGAUUAUGGCAUUCAGACAAACUCCACUCUCCAUCUUGUUCUCCAAAACUUGGAUUCAAUAAAAUUUUAUGUCCAUAUUCCAUCAUAUCAGAAAACAUUUGAACUUGAAGCAAAGAAUAGUGAUACCAUCCAAAACAUCAAAUCUUUGGUUCUGGCGAAAGAGGGCAUCCAAUCAGAUCGUUACAAUCUUUUCUACAGUGGAAUGCUACUUGAAGAUAACAAAACAUUGGCCUCUCUUAAAAUACAGGGGGGUUCUCUCCUUUAUUUGAUCUUUAAUCCAAGCGAUGUAUUGUCGGUUUUUGUGAAAAUGUCGACUGGAGAGACAGUGAAACCUGAAGUUAAGGUCCUGUAUACAAUUGGUGAUGUCAAGGCAAUAGUUGGGAGUAUGGUUGGUUUCUCGGUCAGUAAUCAAAGUCUAAUUUAUGCGGGAAAGCAACUUGAGGAUGGGAAGACCUUAGCUUCUUAUAACAUCGGAGAGAACACCAUGUUGGAGAUGUCGCCUUCUGCCUUUCAGAUAUUUGUGAAGGACUGGAAUGGAAAAACUGUAAUUCUUGAUGUGCAUCCACUGGACACUGUUGAGGGCGUGAAGAUCAAAAUUUUUAAUAAGCUGCACAUGCCGGUUAAGGUCCAGGGUCUUGUGUUUGCUGGAAAAAGACUCGAGAAUGACCGAGAUUUGGUUAGCUACAACAUCCAGAAACACUCCACUCUCCAUAUGGUUUUCUGGCCCACAACAUGGGUCAAGAAGAUGAAAGUUUCAGAUAUUGAAGGUCUUUUUUUUGGGCUACAAAGCUCCACUACCAUUCGUGGUUUGAAGGCUUUAAUAGAGAAAAUGUUGAAGAAGCCAGUGAAGGAAGUGUCCAUCGAUGGAUUAGCGUUGCAGGAUCACUCCUCUCUGGCUGAUUAUGCUAUCGAGCAGAACACAGAGUUGACUAUCGCUAUGGAAGUGUUUUAAGCGUGUUUCAGUAUUUAAUGUUUGGUGAAGUUAUCUGAACUGAAGGUUUCUUAUCGAAAUUUUGCAUAUAAAAAACUGCAGUAUACAUUUACCGCAAUAUCUAUCUUGUGAUCAUCUGCUUUAACUGUCAUCCUUUUGGACAUAUUUUAAGGAUGGAGAAAGUAACUCCAAUAUGAUGGUCCUUAGCAUUACUUCA